AAAGCUGCGCAUGUGCCAAUUAUUGUGUCACCGGAAGUAAAGCACAUGCGUAACCAAGAUGCUGUGGAGACCUUGAAAACAACACACUUGUGCACAAAUUGUAUUGUUUAACUAUGGCAAGGAGGCUUAUAUACCCCAUCUACCAGUUUGGGAACCCCCAGCUGAGGAUAUUCCGCCCCAAUUGGUUCCUUACUCUUGUCAGGCCUGGCAAGGAGCAGCCACCAGACACUGUUCAGUUCCGAGUGCCCAUGGAGAUGACCAAGUUUGACGUAAGGAACUACCUCCAGCGGAUCUACAACGUGCCAGUAGCUGCCGUCCGCACCAGGAUCCAGUUUGGCUCCAACAAGAAGAGGAAUCACCUUAACCAGCGAGUGAAGAAGCCAGACUACAAAGUGGCUUACGUCCAGCUGGGCCAGGAGCAGACAUUUGAGUUCCCCAACAUCUUCCCGGAGAAGGACGCCAAGUCGGCCGAGGGCUCCGUGGAGGAGAUGCAGGAGCAGUUCAUGGAGGACGAGAAGCAGCGGCAGAAGCCCGACCCACGAAGGGGCGGCGUGACCGAGUGGUUUGGCCUCUGAAGGGGGCGCUAUGACCGAGUGGUUUGGCCUCUGAAGAGACUGCAUUCUCCUCUGUUAGAAUGUCCGUGUGUGUGUGUGUGUGUGUGUGUGUGUGUAUGGAGACCAGGAGCUGCUGCGUCACCUCACUAGACCCCACAUGUGGCUCUGGCUUGGCUGUGGAGGAGCCUGAGCAGUUUUACCAUCUUGUCACAUUGGAUCCAGCUGGCCAUCUCAUACCCGGGGGGCCAUAUGCCCUCCCCCAUGUCUCUUUUUUUCUUCCCAUCUCUCUUCUCUAUCCCCCUUUCUCCUUCUCAUCUCUCUUUUCUAUCCCCCUUUCCCCUUCCCUCACUCAUUUAUUUCUUUUCCCGUCAUUUGCUCAUCACAAUAUCCUCUACCUAGUACUUUUCCCUCCCUCUCUUUCUCUCUUUCUCUGUCUUUCUCUCUGUCUUUCUCUCUCUCUGUCUUUCUAUCUCUCUCUCUCUCCCACCCCCAUCGAGGCCUCUGCGUAUGCGUGUGUCAUUAGCAGUGCCAGUGGAGUGGUCAGUCCAGGAAGAAGUCCAGCAAAGCCACAUUCAAUCCAUCACCCUCCUCCCACGGGCCCACCAUCAGUGACAGGAGAGACUGGGAUGGAAAGUCCUCACGGUCAAACAAAGGAAACUUCUGUUGAACACCAUUCGUUUCGUUGAGGUGGAUGGAUGGAUGGAUAUGUUGCAGCUUUUCUAAUAAAAAACAAAUCAUUGUAAAUAUCA